GCCGUUUUAUCGAGUUUGAUGCUUGGUAUCGCUAGAAUGUAUCCAACGUUACAGCGGUUUACCCUAUGGCUAUGUCUAAUGUACAUAAGCGCUGCACUUGCUAACAAGAAUAGUAAUAAAUGCGGCAAAGGGCAAUAUAAGAGCGAUUUCCUGAGUGGCGGUUGUGCUCAAUGUCCCAGGAUAUUACGGAAAUGUGAAAGUCAAGAAAUCGAUGAUGCUCGUCGUUGUUUUAUCGCCUGUGGUAAGUACACUUAACUUUGAAUAGCGUUAAGCCUAGGUCGCAUUGUUACAGACAUUUCAAGCUCUAGAUUAACAAAAUAAAAGUUUAAUUGAUGAGCGCUUAAUAACCCAUUGAGUGGCGGACCUCUCCCCUUGAUGCUGAGUAAAAUCGUCUGGCGUUAGACAGUAAAAUAAUCUGGCGUUAAAGACAGAGUAAAAAACCUGGCUUAAACAGAGUAAAAUAAUAAAGCAGGGUGCAGGGGCAGAUAGUCUGUUUAACCCAUUCAGUGGCAGCACUCUCCCACUAACGAGUAAAAUCGUCUGGCGUUAGACAGAGUAAAAUAAUCAAGUAGGGCACAUCUCGGUGCAUUGCACUUAAAGUGUUAAUUAAUAAACUACAUUUCAGCUUAAAUAAAAUCCAUGACAGUGUUAGGAAAAAGCAUUAAGAACAGCUUGCCAAUUGGUAGGCUGUGACUGCCCAUCAUUAUUUGAUCCAGGCUUUAGUAAAGUAAUACUGACAUAAAUUAUUCUGAAAGUUUCAACAGACCUAAAUAUUGCUUGCAAGCUGACGAAAACGUUGAACAGUUCACCAAAAUUUUAAUUUCUCGAAAUUUAUGUUACCUUAUUUCACAAGCCUUAAAAUAUGUGUCGGAAUUUUGUGCAGUGCAUGGUUCGCAUUUUUCUUGCCAAAACUAAUAAGAUGCAUGCCUGGCACAGUAAUAGCUAUACAUUGUAUUGGAAUUACGUAUUUAGUAUAUAAAUAGUCAAAAUCAAUGCUUAGGUUUCCAUAUGUAGCAAAUGGUAUAAAUAAUUACGAUAUUUUGAUUAAGUUUGUCAAUUGACUGUUCGUAUGUACUAAUUAGGAACGGUGUAGAUGAUCAGAACUGGCAUAUUAAGCUUCACACUUUUCUCAAUAAUAUUUUUAAGACUCAAAUAAACAGUUAACAUAAUUAUUCAUACAGAGAACAUGCUGAUGCAACUAUGUCAAAAAUUGCAUAGUAAAAAUUGCAACUGUCAUUGAAAUAUUUCUCCGUACAUAUCCUGUAGUUGUUGACGGCUUUGUUUUCAUUUGAAAGUACGAAAUAGGAUACGCUCAUGAUACGAAAAGAAACGUUUAUGAAAUUACUUUGGCAAAAUUGCUACAACAUUGCAUAUGAGCUUUCCUAUCAGCGUUUUUUUUUUUACAUUCCGUAAUUACACAGAUUGAUUAAUAUGGUAAUUUGAACUCAUAUAGGCUAAUUAUAUGAGAAGAUAUCGAAUUUGGGCAUGGUAAUUCGACAAAAACAUGGUAAUGUUUUGUGGACAACAUUUAUCGCGUGCGAAAACUCACUCGUUAUUCACCUAUAUAUCGUUAUUCACAAAAUUUACCGCGUGCGAAAACUCAAAUCGUUAUUCACCUAUAAUAUAAUAUCUUCUGAAUGGGAGUCCGAUAUAUUAAAAUUAAGGGGAAUCCCCUCUGCUAUCUGCUGCUAGUGACCCUGACUACGUGUCACAUUCCACUGACGGGCAUGUAUAUCUUGAUAAUUAAGCAUCUUCUAGCUUCCUACCCUGUCAGUAAAUCAUCUAUUACCGUACAUCAACUGCGUUAUGUCUCAGGCUGUGUUUUUUUCAAAUUAAGGCGCCGUUUUUAAAGUUUUUAGAAGACUUAUAAAGAAGCUGUGCAAAUGAGCACGUCUGGAAUUUUCUUUACAUAAUAAAAUUCCGCCCACUGCAUGUACGCCCACAGUAACAGUGAUACUUUGCUUUUAAAUGUCUGCUUAAUUAUCAACCACAAGAAUGAACUGGUAAAUACAAGUUGCAAUUCAAAUACAUCGAAACACGUUAUUCACUUCAUGAGAAUUGUCAUAUGGUUAGAAAGAAUCCAACUUCAGGAAAUAUGUCGCAAUUCGCAGAGUUUUAACCUUUGGCCUAUAUACGUCACUACAAUUUCCGGUUUUGGCGACUUUAGGGAUUUAAUAAUUGCCACCGAUCAUAAUUCUCGUCUCAAAUGGUUUAAUAACUCUCUGGGGAAGCAGGCAACUGGUGGUUUAUAUAACGACCGAACAUUACGCAUGAUGCAGGCAAAUUGGUUUAGGGACAUUUUUGGUAUCAGAGAGUGGUAUUUAUUAAUAUUGUUAUGGAAUUUUAUCAAUCCAAACGCUUCAUGUCCAACAGGCACAUUUAAAAGCUAUUUUCUGAGCGGGGGAUGCGCGUUGUGCCCACAGAAGUUGAAAUAUUGUGGAAAUGAAGAACUUGAAGACUCUGUACGAUGUUUCAAAGCUUGCCGUAAGUUACAUGGCGUUGUAUUCGUGUAAACUGACGCAAUUUUUACUUUUCUACAGUAUCAUAUAUUCAUAUCUACCGGCGUCAUUUUUGUAAUAACUAUUUCCCCCUGACUAACGUCUAAUAUUCGUGCCAACUGACAAGUACCAAACUAAGGGAUACUGACCUUAUACUUGAAUCCAUUCUAUACCAAUGAUUAUGUAAUUUAAACGUUGUUACAUAUAUAGGAUUGUGAAACACUCAUGUUGCCAUGGUCGGUGUCUGUUACAUAGAAGGAAUUGCAGUUUGAAAUUUGGAGUCUCAAAUUCCAUUUAUGAUAUAUUAACUAAAUGCUCAAAAUACUUUUAGUUUUAAUAUAUAUAUAUAUAUAUAUAUAUAUAUAUAUAUAUAUAUAUAUAUAUAUAUAUAUAUAUAUAUAUAUAUAUAUAUAUAUAUAUAUAUAUAUAUAUAUAUAUAUAUAUAUAUAUAUAUAUAUAUAUGUUAUAUAUAUAUAUAUAUAUAUAUAUAUAUAUAUAUAUAUAUAUAUAUAUAUAUAUAUAUAUAUAUAUAUAUAUAUAUAUAUAUAUAUAUAUACAGUAUUUCUUAUCAAAUACGGCACUGUCAUGGUUUCCGUAAGUAAGUGUAUUGCCAUGGUUGGUGUAAAGCCAUAGAUGCCAAGCUGUGGCUGGUGCUGUCGAACGUUUUCUGGCUUCACUUGGCCAUUUUGACUCCGACAGAAUCAAAUACCUCAUUUUGAAGUUAUCGCACAAAGGGAAGCUAAUUUUAAUUUAAUUAAUGAAUUUGUGUCGGUGUUAAUACUUGUACUCCUCUGGAUUUAUAGCCAUACCAAAACGUUUGUUUAGAAUGAUCAUGUGAUAUUUGAGGGAAUAAACGAUUGUUUAUUUCAUUUUGUAUCAGAUGAAUAACUCUUCUACGUCAAUCACUGCAUGAAUGUCGCAAAUUAUGAUAUCAGCUAUAAGUACUGCGUGGGUGCUCAUUAAUGACCACGCACACAGUACUUGUAACAAGUGUGGCUCUUAUACGGGGCGUGAUAACAAGGCGUGCGUGGGGGUGCCCGCGUGGGGGUGCAAAUGAUAUUGUUGAUAAACAUGGAAUGUUCCAGUAUUUUUGUUUUAUUCUAAAGGACUAAGCUCUUGCAAUUGACUUAAUGAAAUUCGACAACUACCAAAAAUGCAACAUGUAACGCCAGAGAAUACAUCGCAGGUUACUCCAAUUACGGCGAAUCUUUAAUUAAAUAAUUGCAUUACCAUUAAUUAACGAACAAUCUAUAGACAGUAUAACAAACUUACAAAUCCAUUGACAUCAGAGAACCAACAACAUCUUAAAACACUAACCGUGGUCGUGGACCUUUCCUUUUACAUUUAACAUACAGAUCAUCUGUAACAGAUCUCCUGCAUAUACGGGAAUCAUCAUAAUUGCAUGCGUUACAUAGCGCGUUCUUAUAAUAACCCUUUAGUCUUGAUUUAGAGUGCAGAAGAUGCAGUCCCACAGGCGUAUUGGCCGGGGUGGGGGGCGGGGGGGGGGACAGGUCGGCAAUUGAGGUCGGAGAAUUAAGGUCGGGCAAUUGAGCAGAAAUCCACAGACAGAGCAGAAAUCCAUUCAAAACAUAUAACUCUUAUCAAAGUUGAUCAGACGAACCGCGGUCUACAAUGAAUAAUUAAAUAUGAUAACGCCAAUAUAUAUUAAUUGCCUUUAUAAUAUACUUUGUCAUAUAUGAAGUAUACCUCUCAUGGCAAAGAUUAUGAAGAUUGCAGAAACAUUGAACAUUGUUCUUAGUUUUUGUCUUAGUGUUUCUAUACAUUUCGGUUGAACUUCUGCUAAAGCAUCCUUUACACAAUCAUACCCAUUUGUGUAUAAAACCAGAUACAAAAUCCAGGUCCUUUUUAAACAUACAAGCUGGGUGCCCCACCAGUCCCCCCCCCCAGGAAAAGUCCCUUUUCCCUAAAUUUAUACAAACCGAACCAGCGAAGAAUAACAAAUAGAUCAACGGAAAGUAAUUUUUAGGCUAAGCUUUAUCCUCUGUCCUUGUUUAACAAAAUCGAUUUUAAUUGUUACGUUUUUCCACCACUAAGUAAUGAUAAAUUAUUGUUAAUAAUCUAUUUUUUGUGCGUUUUUUCCUUCUUUUAUUUUAAAUACAAGUAUAGUUAGCAUACAUUUUAGAGAAGAAUGCUCAGAAUGCAGGAAAUAGCAUUUCCGGGCUUCAAAUUCCAAAUAUUUUCUCGGGGACCAUGUCCCCACGCACGUGGCCUUCGGCCAUUGCUAUUCCCAUCUAAUAAGUAAUGAUAAAUUAUGGUUAAUAUUUUUUUAAACUUUUUGUGCGUUUUUCCUUCUUUUAUUUCAAACUGAAAAUAUAGUUACCAUAAAUUUCAGUGCAAAUUUGGAUGUUCAGAAUGCAGAAAAUGACAGUUUCAAAUUUCAAACUUUUUCUGGGGGAGUGGUAUGUCGAUCACAUGGCUAGCCCCCACUAAUAAAUUAUCUCACAGAAAGGUUCCUUUUCAAAAAAGGCCCCACCACCCCACGGGAAAAUCCUUAAAAGAGGCGCAGACAAAAUCCGAAUGCCCCAAACAAGUUUAAGCCCGUACGCCGAUGUGCAGUCCAAUAUCUCCAUGACGAAAGUCACAACAGAACAUGUCUUGUUCAAUGUCUCUUAAUAAAUGCAUCUCCAUGAAUAAUAUAGAUUCCAAUAUUGUGAAGCUAUUUCAUGUUGGAGCCACAGAAAUGAUCCGAUGGCAGUAAAUGACAUUUACUUAUGAAGUACAUAUUACCACAACUGCAUUAACGAAUCAUUUCAAAACUGGUAAUGAUUAUGUAAUCUGCAAAUUAUUGGGAUUUGGAUCCCAAAUUGACAUACAUUUUGCGAACAAGGGGGCUCAGUUCGUUUAGCCACCAUCCCUUAUAUUCUCUGUCGCUUAUACACCACAUAGCUCAGCAUAAAAUUUGACAGGGAUACAAAUAGCAAAUAUUUCAUGUAGCUUGAUAUAAUUAUUUUCAAACAAAGUUGUGGACACUCAUUUUACAUUGUGAUGGUAAUCAGUAAUAAUUGUCUUGAAAAUCUUCAUGAGUGUUUGGAAUGAAAUUUAAUUAAAGCAACAGUAUUUUCAUGACAAAUAAUAUAUUUUAUAAAGCUUUUAGGUUUUCGCUUGGAUUGUCGAUGCCUCAAUUUAGGAUCAAUCUGUCAAUAUAAUUAUACGUAUAGAACCGCCCGAAAGCCUGAAAUUAUUCAAAGCGAAAGAAUCAAAAGAUAGUUUGUGUACUGUAACGACAGUAAGAAAAAGCUUUUUACGAAACUUCAAUGUUUUAAUUAAGUAACUAAAUUUGACAUAGACACCAGGAUUAAUGACCGGAAAGAAUGGUACUGUGCCGUCUGCGCGGUACCAACUCAUCAGUCAUUCUUUAAUUUCCUCUCAUUAAUGCUGAUGCCUUCUGUUCCUUUGAAUUGUAUUCUGCUAAAUUGCCGGAUGAAAAUGAUGCAUUCUGGAAAAAGCUUUUUCUUCUAAUUAUUUUUCUGUGAGUUGCGUUCUUGGGGAUUUAUCCCAAUAAUAGCUUUUGGCUCCAGAAACUUUAAAUUUCGUAAACGUUUUUCCAUCUUGGAGUAAUCCGAAAAUACUCCGCUAAGGUUUCAUAGCAAGUCAUUUACAACAUAAUAGUUUUACACAAAAAAACUGCAAAUCGACUAGAUUUGAGACGAAUAAUAAUUUUUGAAAAUUAUCGUUAUAGUUUUACUAAGAAAUAAAUGCAUUCUCUUUUAUAUUGUUCCGUUGAAAUGAAAUACGAUCUUUUAAGAAAAACUAACAAAAAUAUGCAACUUGAAAUAAUUUAUUAAAAAUAUAAUUUUCAUUCUUCAUGUACUUUCCUCAAAUAUCCUUAAAUUCGGGAAACUGUUUCAAGCUACAAUAUUUUACCGUUUUAUUUGUUCUUUAUAAAAAUGUGUAGAUUCAAAUAUUUCCAAAGCCAAAUAUAUUCGCUGCCUCUAUGGAGGAAGCGAUUGGAAUAGUUUAUAUUUUUAUGGUUUUGAUAUGUUUUGUUUUACAAAUUUUCCAUUAAUUUAACACCAAGAAAGGUGUCAUUGGUAAAAAUUGUUUAACUGAGCUCGAGUGUUGGUGUUCCUUUUUAGGGCGAAUUUUGUCGACCCAAACCGCAUCCUUGGACACAACACAUGCAACACCCGAAUUAAGAAAAUCAUCGACCUCCCCAACUCGUACUACAACACAAGCACCUGAAAUCAGAAAAACAGCGACUACCAAAGGUGUUUCCAACACACUUUCAAGUGGCCCACACUAUGUUAUAAUCAAAGAUGUACUGACUAUCUCAACGUCAAGCAAUUUUUCAGAUAAGCAAUCCGGUUACAAUAAUUGGACAGAUAUUAAAUUUGGGAUAGCAGUAACAGUACUUGCACUUCUUUUGGUAAUUGGUAUUUGCUUUGUAUUAUGGUGGAAAGGGAGGAGUAAUAGUAGGAAUAAUGAACAACGAAAUUCAGUUUACUAUGGGCCUGUUUGUCCAGACUCAAGAUCUAACAGGUAAGUCAAAUAUAUAUUUUGAAUAUUCGUAGGAGUACGGUAAAAAAAUUAGGGUGGCGGGUCUUUUCCACCUUAUUGCCUUCUAAAUUUCCCUUUAACUUAAUCUGCUUUACGUCUACAAUUUGUGCAACCUAAGUUGAAAAUUUGCCUCUCCACGCCCUUAUCGACUUUUCUUUUUUUUGGCCGGCAGAUGUUCCCUUCCUGCCCCCAAAAGAUGCUAAAUUUACUGAAAUACAUCAACUUCCAUUUGUCAUCCUUGUUCAUGCCUCCCUGAUUGAUUUGGCCCCUUCCAUGGCUUGAGCCGGGCGACGCCCUAACGAGUUACGCCAUUGCUCACGUGUAAGGAUUUUUCCGUAUACUGUCGAGUUACGGAAUUUUCAGUCGUCUACAACAAAGAAACGCGAGUUUGGAAUCAAAAUUAAUGACUUUAAGUGUUUUUAAUAUAAAUAAACAAAACUACAUACGGUAACAAGCUGGUCAAUUGCCAAAAGCCGCAAUAUUCCCGGACUGUGAAGAUUUACCUAAUUGCUGAUAAUUGUCAUGCAAUUAACCGACUCUGGAGCUUAUUGCAAAUAUUAUUUACAGAAACUCUAAAAUAUAUAUGUACUCUUUGGAUAUUCACCCAUGCCUAUUUUUGCGAGCACUCCUCCCGAACAGACACCGUUCUGAGUUCUUUACUUCCACUUACGCAAUUAUAAACAAAGGUUCUUCUCAUAUUUAGUGACCAAAAUAUCAACGGUGAAACUUCAGAGAAUACAGGCGAAGCAGACGACGUUGAAGACAUCGGAAGCUCAUUUGGCAUGCGCAUGUCGUCGGCGGUGUCUCAUGAAGAUUUUGAAAAUAUGCCAGAGGCACACGUAUAGUUGCUGGAAAUCUGACUGUAGAUGAACUGAUUUAAUCUGGCGAAAUAACAAAAAAGUUGCAUGUUUAUCUUUUAUAUACCAAUGGGCUCUAUAAAUAUCUGGAGCAAGAACAACAGUCAUUUGGCUUAUGAGAAAAAUGAAGCCAAUUAAGCUAGGUGGUGAAAAAAUCUUUAUAUAAUAACUGCAGUGAAACACGCGAUUUGAUUAGUCAAUAGCCGUGCAGGAUCAGGCUAUCCUGCGCGAGGAAUUAAAAUGCCUUCGCGGGAUUUUCGCGGGAUUCUCAAAAUGUUAUUGUUUCACUGUAGUUAUUUUAUAAAAUAAUUACCAAGCAGGAUAGCGUGAUCCAUUCACUUUGGGAUGUUGCUGGACUUUCGGUAAGCGUAAAAAUACACUCGCCUGCGGCUCGAGUAUUUUGACACAUUCCAAAAGUCUCGCGACAUCCCUCGUGCAUGGAUCAGGCAAUCCUGCACGGAAAACCAUUCGGUAUUCCUUUAAUGAACAUCGUAAACAAUUUUCGUUUUUGCCCAGCUAAUUCUAGUCCUUUUCCCUGACGGAUUAUAUCUACAAUCAAGUUAUCACUUCACAAAACCGAAAUAUUAUUCUUUAAAGUUUAAGUCGAAGUCAAAAUAUGAAAUUUCGACACACUACUUGUUACUUCGAGAACCGCGAAGUCAAAAACAGCAGAAAGCGACUGAAACUGGCGUCCAAUAACUCCAUCUUAGCUUCUUUUUUUUGGAAUAGUGAGUUCUCAUUUCAGGUAUAUAUAGAGCACAUGUACAGAUACCUACAUAAGUACAGCUAUUUCAAUUAGGCUAAGGUCUGCCCCCGAGCAGAGCGGAAAAGUCGAAUACGAGCGCGAAAGGCUGCUGAAAAUCGCUAAUAAAUGAAUAAAUUUAUUAGCGAUUCCCAGCAGCCUUUCGCGCUCGUAUUCGACAUUUCCGCUUUGCUCGGUGGACAACCUUAAUUGAAAUAGCUGUAUACGUAUGCGGGUUUUAGAAAACCACAGAAAAUUAAAUCUAUACAGGGUGUAUAAAAAAAGGUGCACAGAUCUAAAAUGUCCACUAAUUUAAAAAUUCUGCAACCUUUAUGACAACUCUAUACUAGUAUAAUUAGUUUGGGGUCUUCUGGUAUAUCUAUGACAAAAUUAUUUUCAAAAGUAAAUUUUAAAGAGCCCUGACUUUUCUGAAAACCCCUUAAGAAAUGGAUUGCGCACAAAAAUGUAAGCUAGGUUUAAAACGCAUGCAAUUUGAAUUCUGUUGGUGCAAAUCUAGAAGGGGUUUUAUGAACCUUCAAAGUACUAGACACUUUGAUGCACAUUAAUUCCAAUGCGCGACACUUGAAACUGAAUAUGUACUUUUCAGAAUAAUUUAACGAUAGAGAGACCGACCUAUAGUCACACUACCCAUACUGACAUAAAGUUGUCACAAAUUUUGCUGAAUUUUCAUUUUAUGCAGUGACGUUUCAGAUCAGUGCACUAUUUUUAUAUACCCUGUAUAUUGACAUAGAUGCCAUAAAUUGCGGAGCAGGAAUCUUCGCCAGAAAGGCAAAAGAAACUACUAACAAAAUAAAACUUGAAACAAUAAAUUAGUUUAAAGAUAAAUGUAUAAGCCCAGCAUAUGACUUUCAAACAAGACAAAACAAUCAAUAAUAAAAUCUAUUUACUGACGUUUCGUUGCAUAACAUGACCACAUCUUUAGAGCAUUAAAAUCUAUUUACAAGAGUAUGAAUUACAAAGCAUUAUGCUUGGCUUUUUAUAUUUAUUUUUAAAUUGCGCGUUGCGCUUGGUGCGUCGAUUGCUACCAUUCAUUGUAUACUUUUUAUAUUUAUUUUUAAAUUGCGCUUUGCGCCUGGUAUGUCAAUCAGUACUGUUCAAAAUUUAUUUAUAUGGAACAUUUAUUAAAAAUGUAAUAUAUAAUUUUAAAUUAUGCUUUGCGCCUGGUGCGUCGAUCGCUACUAUUCAUUGUAUAUAAAAAACAAUAGUUUAGUUUUAUUAAAAUAACACAAAAUAAGUUGUUAUUUUCUAGUUUUACAAAAGCAAGUUUGGAAACAGGAUCUAUUACUCUUGCUCAUAUUCCAUUUAUUUGGAUAUUUGAAUAAAAUAAUGUGAA